AUGGAUGGUGGUGUUAUUCCAAGGCUUCAAAUAAUUGCUGCCAGAGGGGUUACUGAAUUUUUUCUGUUCAUUUCUGGCCUUCUAAUUGUUUCUAGGAUUCUGAUACUCUUCCUCUCUUUGGAAGCUGUUCUGUUGUACAGGAUGGUGUCAGCUAAAAUGGUUUCGAAUGUUUCAUCUUCUCUUGGAGGAAAGAGUCCUGUUGCAGAAAGGGAUGCGCACAUCAAUUGUGAAGUUCUCCAUGCACCUCUGCUAGGUGAUGAAGCCAAUGACGCUAGUAACAUCAGUUCAGAUGACAAUGUUACUCCAUUUUCCAAAGCUGGGUUUGUUGGGAUGGCAUUAUCAUAUGAUCUUGCAAUAAAUGUCUUUCUCAUCCUCUCUGUCCAGUACCAGUGCUUUGUAGCAGAAUCAAAUGUUUCUGUAGAAAGACUAGAACAGUACAUGCAUAUUCCAAGUGAAGCUCCAGAAGCAAUAGAAACCAACCGACCCUUGCACAACUGGCCAAGUGUUGGUGAAGUGGAGAUUCGCAAUUUGAAGGUGAGAUAUCAACCCAAUGCUCCAUUUGUUCUCCAAGGAAUAAGCUGCUUCGUUGAAGGAGGACACAAAAUCGGGCUCGUUGGUCGGACUGGUAGUGGAAAGACAACACUUAUCAGUAGUUUGUUUCGAAUGGUGGAACCAACAGAGGGGAAAAUCAUUAUAGAUGGCCUUAACAUCUCCACAAUUGGUCUUCAUGAUCUUAGACGAUCCCAUCUUGGCAUCAUUCCACAAGAUCCAACACUUUUUAGCGGGACUGUGAGAUACAACCUGGACCCUCUAUCAGAACAUGCUGAUAUAGAAAUAUGGAAGGUUCUUGAAAAAUGUCAGCUCCGAGAGGCCAUUCAGCAGAAAGAAGAGAGCCUAAAUGCUUUAGUGGCACAAGAUGGAUCAAACUGGAGCAUGGGACAGCGGCAAUUAUUCUGUCUCGGACGUGCAUUAUUGAAGCGGAGCAAGAUAUUAGUCCUAGACGAAGCCACUGCAUCAAUCGAUAACGCAACAGAUGCCAUCCUCCAGAAAACUAUACGUACAGAAUUCGCGGACUGCACUGUAAUAACCGUGGCUCACAGGAUACCGACCGUGAUGGACUGCACCAAGGUGCUUGCCAUUAGUGAUGGUGAGUGGUAUUUCCUUUUUCGCCUUUUUGAUAUGUUACAAGGAAGUUAUGACGAGCCAGGGAAGCUGAUGAAUGAAGAAGGAUCACUAUUUGGGCAGCUGGUGAAAGAAUAUUGGUCUCGUGCUCCAAGCAUUGAUGACUAG